AGGAUUACAUCCAACCAAAUAUCAGAAAUGUUUCCAAAUACAUAAUUUGUGUUUAGCUUAAAGUUAUUUAUAAUAUAAUAUUAAAGUGCAAAAACUAUUUUUUAAUUAAAAUUUAUUGUCAUUGCAAUAUUUCUAAUAUGUUUAAUUAAAAAAAUAAUAUAACCAUUAUCCUAUGUUUAUAAAAUAAAAAUUUUUUUGUUAUUGAUUUCUAAAACAUUCCACGGCUUCUAGUUAAUUUGUAAUAUAAUUUGUACUGGAAAAUGUCUUUACCAACUGCAUCUCCAGCUACAUUAGAAGAGGUUUAUACUCAACAAGAAUUCUAUUUAGGUCUAUGCUUAGCAAUAUCCUCAUGUGUGUUUAUUGGAUCUAGUUUUAUAAUAAAAAAAAUAGCAUUAAUUCGUUUGAGUCGUGGGGGAGAAAUUCGUGCUGGAGCAGGUGGUUUUGGUUACCUUAAGGAAUGGAUAUGGUGGGCUGGCUUAAUUACAAUGGGAGUUGGGGAGAUCGCAAAUUUUGCGGCGUAUGCAUUUGCUCCUGCAUCUCUAGUGACUCCACUUGGUGCAUUGAGUGUUAUUGUUAGUGCUGUGAUGGCAUCAAAAUACCUUAAAGAAAGAUUAAAUUUGCUCGGAAAGCUUGGUUGUUUAUUAUGCAUUCUUGGAUCUACAAUAAUUGUUAUCCACUCUCCAAAAGAAAAAGAAGUCGAAAAUUUAGAUGUUCUAUUUGAAAAAUUACAAGAUCCAGGAUUUAUAUUAUUUGUCAUCUUUAUUUUAGGAAGUACAAUUUUUGUAGCCUUUUUAAUCGCACCAAGAUACGGCAAUACUAAUGUUUGUGUUUAUAUAUAUUUAUGCUCAACAAUUGGUAGUUUAACUGUGAUGAGUUGUAAGGCUUUAGGGUUAGCAAUGAGAGAUACAUUUUCUGGUAAAAAUAAUGAUUUUGGUACAUGGCUACCAUGGUUCUUGAUAAUAUUGUCUGUAGUUUUCAUAGCUAUACAGAUGAAUUAUUUAAAUAAAGCUCUUGAUAUAUUUAAUACGAGUAUAGUAACACCGAUUUAUUAUGUGAUUUUUACAACAUUAGUAAUAAUAGCAUCAGCCAUAUUAUUUAAAGAAUGGAAACACAUGAAACCAGAAGAUAUUCUUGGAGAUUUUUGUGGUUUCUUUAUUGUAAUAAUAGCUGUAUUCAUGUUAAACGCUUUCAAAGAUUUGGAUAUUUCUUUAAGCGAUGUUCGUGGAAUUAUGAGACCUCGAAUGCAUCGAUCUGGAAGUGGUACAAGCUAUGAACAAAUACAAUACGAUGAACCAGUUUUAAUUCGACAUGGCUCAAAAGAAAAAAUAUAUAACAAUGGUUAUGGAACAAAUGAUUUAACUCGCAAAGUUUGACUGGAAAAUUUUGUUUAAAAAAGAUCGAAUGAAAAGAACUAAAUGCAUAGAUAUACAAAACAUACAUAUGUAUAUUAAGCAAAAUUAUUUAAUAUUACAACCAAAGAUAUUUUGUUUAAAUUAGUUUUAUCAAAUCGGUAUAAUUUUUUUUAAAAGACAUGAUUAGGAGUUUUGGAAAGGUAGUGAUUUCUUGUAAAAUAUAUAUUGGAACUGUAAUACUAAUAGAUUAUGUAUAAGUACGUAAUUAUCUUUAUUAUAUAACCAUGUUAGGUUUUAUAUAAUUACUUGAGAUUUAAAUCACACGCAUUAUUCUUUUCAGAGGCAAAAAAUGAUGAUUUUAAAAAAGGAAGAAUAGUUUUACGCAAAUAUUUAAUGUGUAAAAAUCAAAAAAUGUAAUGGUGCUUAGGUUUAGGGCCAGUUGAAAAUCAAAAUAAUUUCAAUCUUUUUGUCACAGUUAACAUCAUUCCAAAAUAUUUCAACAAAUUUCAUAAAAAUAGAGUUCAGGUUAACAAAAAUACCUAAUUUACAAAUAUUAUUUUAAAUAUUUAACCACAUUUUUAUGAAUGCUUAUCUAAAAUUUUCAAAUAUUCUAUAUAAAAUCGAAAAUAUGUAUCGGAAACGGAAAUUGACUAUAAAAAACAACUACUUU